CAUUCCACAUACUGUGGUUCUCUGCGACUGUAGGAUCCGCCAAUACGAUUUACCGCUCUCUAGGCCAUCUUGAUUUGCUAAGAUAUCGAAGAUCAUCAUGAAGUUGGCAUUUUGUCUUUUUGCUCUGAUAUUUUUCGUGGCCCUUAUGCCACAGGAUGGAAAAAGUUGGCGACUUCGAAGAGUCUGGAGAAGGGCCGUUAGAGUAGUGAGGACGGUGGUUAGAGUUGUCAAAACUUACAAGGCAAUUAAAGCUGCGGUCGCAGUAGCCGGAGAUGAAAACAACUCCAAGUUUAUGUUGAAUGAUUUGGAUGGCGACGGCAAGAUAUCACUACACGACGUAAAGGAUCCCGAGGCGAUGGAGGAACUCGACACCAACGAGGAUGGAUACGUGGACCAGGAGGAGUUGGAUAAUUUCCAAUCAAAGGUUAACCUCCUUGGGGAACGGCUCAAUCACGAUAUCUUUGCGGACACCGGGGACGCUGAAAGUGACCAACUUGACAAUGAGUUGGACGGGAUGUCCGAGGAGGAGCUUGCUGAGCUUCAAGACCUGCUCAACAAUAAAGCUUGA